CUAAUAGUGACCUUGACCUCAUAUCAUUUUUGGAAAAUAAAUCUUUCAUUUGUUCUAACUAUUACCCUGCUUAGAGACUCACAUAAAAGUACAAGAAGAUGAACAAAGGAGAAAGGGUGCCGAUGCGCCUCUUGGCUGGGAAUUCCCAUAAUGAAUUGGCUGCUUCCAUCGCAGAGAAGCUUGGUAUGCAGCUGAUGAAUGUGUCAUCCUACCACAAAUCUAACAGAGAAACAUGUGUUGAGAUGGGUGAGUCAGUAAGAGGGAAAGAUGUCUACAUUAUUCAAACUGGAACAAAGGAUGUGAACAAUGAUGUUAUGGAGUUAAUGAUCAUGUCCUAUGCCUUGCGUACCAGUGCUGCCCGCCACAUUGUCGCUGUACUCCCUUACCUACCAUAUUGUAAACAAAGCAAACUUAAGAAACGAGGAUGCAUUGCUUCAAAAUUAAUUGCCAGAAUGCUUAGCAAAUCAGGGAUCUCACAUAUUAUCACAAUGGACCUGCAUCAGAAAGAGAUACAGGGCUUCUUUGAUAUUCCAGUAGAUAACCUCAGGGCAUCCCCCUUCCUCAUACAGUACAUCAAGGAACAGAUUCCUGACUACAGGAAUGCUGUGAUAGUUGCAAGAAACCCUGGCUCAGUGAAGCGAGCAACGUCCUAUGCUGAAAGAUUACGUCUCGGAAUUGCUGUCAUCCAUGGUGAGGAUAAAGAAACAAUGGCAGAAUCUGAGAGAGAUGAUGGAAGAAAUUCUCCCCCACCAUUAUCUGUUGAGAAGCGAUCAAUGGCUUUAGGACUAGAAAUCUUUCCAGUGCUUCAAGCUAAGGAAAAGCCCCCUAUGAAUGUAGUUGGAGAUGUAGGAGGCAAGAUAGCUAUCAUGGUGGAUGAUAUGAUAGAUGAUGUUCACUCAUUUGUACGAGCUGCUGAGAUCCUGAAGGAGAGAGGGGCCUACAAGAUAUAUGCCAUGGCCACACAUGGAAUCCUAUCAUCUGAUGCUCCCACCAUGAUAGAGGAAUCACCCAUCGAUGAGGUGGUAGUGACAAACACAGUCCCUCAUGAUGUCCAGAAAAUGCAGUGCCACAAAAUAAAAACUGUUGAUGUCAGUAUUUUGUUAUCUGAGGCAAUACGCAGAAUCAACAACCAGGAAUCAAUGUCUACAUUAUUUGAGAACAUAUCAACAGAGGACUAAAUAGACCACAUCUCUGCUAUGAUGAACUGCACUAAAGAUCCUAUGGGACUACUUCACCAUAAGUCCAAUUGAUCUGCUUUAACAGAGUGAUAUUGCUUAAUAUUGAAAUCCCAAGAAAGAAAAAAUUGGAUUGUGUUCAAGUGCCAGAACAGAUUGUUUAUUAGUGAUGCAGGUUGAUGAGAAAAACUGAGCCAGAACGAAAAAACACGUCUUAUGAUGUCUUUAUUUCUUUAAAUUAGAGGAAGAUAAUUUCAUGAACAGUUAUUACUGCAUUAAUUAACACAAAGAUCUAUGUCAGACCAUGUUGUUGCUACAGUGUACUGUA